UUGGGAAUGGCAAGGCGAUAAAAAGCACCUAUUUGUAUCUCAGUAGAGGGUAAAGGGGUACGAGGGGAGAGACGGCCUCACUAGGGAGGCCAGUGCUGCGAUCCCAUUGAUGUUUUUCAGGAGGCUGCGGAGGUGAAACCUAAGCCCAGUAACAUGUCUAACUUUGUGAACUAUUCUGAGCUUCAGAUGCUGACGCUAAGGUGAGAGGUGGGGGUUGUGGGCGGCACAUAUGUGCCAGCCAACUAGAAUAGCCAGCCACUACAAGCAGUGAUGGACUCGCAGAUUGCCAAUGUUGUGAAAUAACUCUUGUUUAUGGGACCUUCUCAGGGCACACCGACCCUUGUGACAGACUUAGGUCAGAUUCUUUUGGAUUUUGUAGUAUACAAAAAAAAAAAAAAAACACCUUCUAAAGAGUUUUGCAUUUUUACUCCAGGGUUUGGUGUUUGUCUUGUGCAUUUGUGUGAGGGUAGAUGUGUAAGAUAUGCAGUGACCUUAGGACUUUUCAAAGGGUAUAGCAAGAUUCCUACAGGGACACAUGGUCCAGAGUGACAAGGCCAUCUGCUCUAGCGCCAGCUCUGGGAAGGGGGGGGGGGGUGGACACAGGGGCACUGAGAAUUCCUUCGCUGGGGUGUGGAGGGAGUAGAUAUUUUGGGAUACCACUGCAAGCACUUCGAACGGAGAGGUAUUCCUUUUGGCGUUUUUUACACCAGAAUUUCAAGGGAGAACUUGUAAACACCUAAAAGGUGAAUUGGAUCUUUGGAUUGAGGGAAGUUUGUUGUCCUCUAAAGAUUUCACUAAAGAUAUGGAUGGGCAAUGAAGGUCUUGGUUUGUUGGCCCUUUAAUGUGGUGGAUUCAGUUUCCUUUCUGUCCCAGCACACCCGGAGCUGAAAGGUCUGGAUCUAGGAAGCCUUUUGGCACGGAACUCUCAGAGGAUCGUCUUUACAGGAUCUUUUGUGACUUAACCUGUGCAUGGCAAGGGUAUACGCUUUUGCUCUCCCUCUGAAAGCGUAAAAAACACCUCAGCGGAUGAAUAUUUUUAUGAGGCACCUUGCAGCAGAGAUGGGCCAGGACCAAACCAAGCAGCAGAUAGAAAAGGGCCUUAAGCUGUAUCAGUCCAACCACACAGACAAAGCUCUCCACGUCUGGACCAAGGUGCUGGAAAAGACCUCGGAUCCUGGAGGGAAGUUUCGGGUUUUGGGAUGUCUGAUUACUGCCCACUCAGAGAUGGGAAAGUAUAAAGAGAUGCUCAAGUAUGCUUUGGCCCAGAUUGAUACAGCCAGAGAGAUGGAGGAUCCAGACUUCCUGACCGAGGGCUACCUCAACCUGGCACGAAGCAAUGAGAAGUUAUGUGAUUUCCAGAAAACGGUCUCUUAUUGCAAAACCUGCUUGAACAUGCAGGGCACCACAGUGAGCUUACAGCUCAAUGGCCAGGUGUGUCUGAGCAUGGGCAAUGCCUUCCUGGGCCUCAGUGUUUUCCAGAAAGCCCUGGAAAGCUAUGAGAAAGCCCUUCGUUACGCACACAAUAACGAUGACAAGAUGCUGGAGUGCAGGGUGUGUUGCAGUCUCGGAAACUUCUACGUACAGCUCAAGGACUAUGAGAAAGCCCUCUUCUUCCCUUGCAAAGCGGCGGAGCUGGUCAACGACUAUGGCAAGGGCUGGAGCCUGAAGUACCGCGCCAUGAGCCAGUACCAUAUGUCAGUGGCCUACAGGAAACUGGAUCGCCUGCCAGAUGCCAUGGAAUGCUGUGAGGAGUCCAUGAAGAUUGCACUGCAACAUGGGGACCGUCCUCUUCAGGCACUGUGCUUACUAAACUUUGCUGACAUUCAUCGCUGCAGAAAUGACGUUGAUAAAGCACUCCCUCGCUACGAAUCCUCAAUGUGCAUCAUGACAGAGAUUGGAAAUCGCCUUGGACAAGCACAAGUCUACCUGGGCGUAGCAAAGUGUUGGCUCCAACAGAAAGAACUAGACAGGGCAAUCGAGUCUUUGCAGCGAACACAGGAGUUGGCUGAGGCUUUAGGAAACAAGCUGUGUUCGUUGAAGGUGCACUGCCUGAGCGAGGGGAUCUUUCGCAGUAAGGAACAGCAGGAGGAACUGAGGGAGCAGGUGGUGAAGUUCCUGCAGUGUGUGGAGGAGCUGGAGCUGUACUGUGGGAUGUGCGGCGAGUCCAUCGGGGAGAAGGACCAACAGCUGCAGGCUUUACCGUGCUCCCACAUCUUCCACCUCAAGUGCCUGCAGACUAAUGGGACAAAGGGCUGUCCUAAAUGCCGUCGGUCCUCUAUGAAGCCUGGGUUUGUGUGAGGGUCUAAGACAUGUGCCUGCUUGGGAUCUGCAGGACUCUACUGGAUGCCCCUCCUCAACCUCUGGACUCCUGGUGUAAGUAAGAAAGCAGGUUGCCUCUGGAGGUGCAGAACGCUGAGCAGAUCGCCAGCUCUGACUCUACCAGGACGGGGACCCUAGUACUGUGGAUACUGCUGUCAUGACUGGUUCUGGACAGACAUUAUGUCUGUCCUGGCCGAGAUAAGGGAAAACUGCAAACUGACAAGUUACUUUUUUUUGUGAAAAGAAACCAACUUCGAAGACCUUUCGAAUAACCUCAUGAUUAUUUAACAUUAUAUAGUUUGAAAUAACAUUGCAAGUAUGUGACAGAGAAUUAUGUUCAAUGACAAUUAUUCAACUUUUGUUCAAAUCUCUGGCCACAACAUAUGGCAUUCAGAUAUCAGCGUAUAAUGACCAGCUGAUUCUGAUUUUAAUAUCACUGUUUAAUUCUAAUAAUACUAUAUACUGUAUUUAGACAUAUUCUUUUUUGUAGUUUGGUGCAUAUUGUCAUAUCCCGGUAGACACGAUAACAUUAAGGCUUUUAAUUGGUUACCUCAGCUUAUACUGAUGUUAAUACUUUACAGUACCUUUAUCUGUUACAAUUGUCUUGAUUUAAACUGUAAAUUGUAUUUAGGUCAAACUAACUAAUCUUAAGAAAACAAAUACUAGUAUGUCUUUACAAAAAAACAUGGUUAAGCAGCUCUUUUCCUUAUUCUAAGUGAUGAGGAAUUGUUCAACACACAUUGUGUUAUUCAUAGAAAUUCCUGUCCAGCAUUUAUUUCUGGAGAAAAGUUCCCCUUGUGUUUAACACUAACAGAAAUGUGUUGUGAUUGAAGUCAAAAGAUUGUUAAGAAGGGAAACCUCAUGUUAUUGGGAAACGAUCUUACCUGACCAAUCAUUUGCAUGAACAAUACUCUGUAAAGCUAUUUAUUUUAUGAAUCUACUUCUCUGGUGGUGCUCUUGUAGCUAUGUGUAAAUAUGACUGGUACUUUAGUUAGCUUAAUGAAUGUUUACUGUUUUGAGGACAACAGCCGGAUUGACUUAAGAUGUUGAAAUUCAAAGAACUUCUCGUAUGGAAGUGAUACUAAAAAGAGCAAUAACUCAACACUUGUUAUUGCAUGCUUCCUUUAGCAUGUAGAGCAACUGUCAGCUGAUCAAAGUGAAACU